UCUUUUUAGGCGCAGCUUUGUUUGUGUGCUACUGGCGCCGCUUUGACUCUUCCUCGUCUUCUUCGUCUAGAUCAUCUCCAACUCAGAUCCGGCAGAGCACGACAUCGGCGACAUCGGCGACAUCGCCAAAGUUCGGGUAGUUCGCCAUGGUGGUGCUUGAAGCCUUUGGUCUUGCCUCGAAGGAGCUGUUCGACUACAAUCGUGAGAAUUACAAAUUUGACCAGGAACAGCGGCUUGAGAGGGAUAUGCAGAGAGUGGAGAUGCAGAUCAAUAGGUUUGACCUUUUCAGAGAAGACAUUGAAGACUUGGUGAAGCUAACAGUGGACAAGAUGGAUAUGUACCACAUCGUUGGUGCUUUAUUCUUGAGUUUCACCGCAUUGGUCUAUUGUGAGGGAAUCAUUGAAGGCCCGCAGCCACCGUUCUUCAUGGGUCUUUACUUGCUCACAGUGGCAGCCUCUUUUGUCUAUUUGCUUCUAGCAGUUUGGCUCAGCAUGUAUGCUUCAAUUGCUUCCCACAGCUUUGGAGUAAGGCUAAGGACAAGAUAUGUGAGACUGCCAAUCCCUAACUUGUCCCAAAUCCAAAGCCUGACAACAAAGCUGUCAGACUUCGAAAAGCAAGGCCUUUCAAAAGUGAUGCGGCUUCCAUUCGGACCCACAGGGGCGCAAACAUGGCAAUUAGAGGCACAGAGGAACGAGGCAAGUUCGGCAACUGAAAGCGCAGCAAGCACAGCAAUUGCAGAUGUUGGGGGAAAACCCAAUGCCUUGCCCGAGACACGGUUGGGAGAACAAGGAGACCUUGGGUUUGGAAGAGAAGAUCUUUUGAUGAAAGCAGCUGCAAGUGUUCCAGGCAAACAUGUGGAGCUCUUUAGAAAGUUGCAAGCAAAGUGGCAGUGCUAUGAUGCCUACGCUCGAGUUUCAAUGGCACUAGGCGUGAACCAGAUGAUCCAAUCUGUGAAUUACUUUGUGGUAGGGGUGACAAUGAUCCAGACAUGCUCCCCGAGUUGUGGCUAUGCAGCAACUGUGAUAUUUCAGUCGUGUGCGUUUGGGCUGAUGUUUCUGGACAUUGCCGGGCUCAAGACUUCGCAGAUCAUGGCCUUGCAAAUCGUUGGGUCGCUACCUAUGGUGAUCCUUGUGAUCAUGUUGACGAUUGCAAACCAAGGCCGUCAAUCCAGCGAACCAAUUGAUGUCCUUUGUACUGCAUUCUAUGCAUCGCCAGCUUGUCCUUUCCUGGAAGCAUUGUGGUUGGAGCUUUUCAUGCAGACUGCCAGGCCGACCAAAGAUGAGGCCUCUUUGCCGCGACGCUUCAGAACUGUUCUUUUCCUUGAUGUCUUCGGUGAUGCAGCCUAUGAUCCCACUGAGGCAGAGCAUGCAACCGUUACAGCAGGAGUGGAUGGAAAGCUUGACGAGCAAGCAGGCGAUGUGAAUAGGCGUGAGAUCCAGCAGACACAGGCAGCCCUCUCCAUUUUUGCCAUGGAGGGCGCACAAUCUGCUUUGAGAUGCUGGGAGGCUGUUCCUCAAGACUUGCUUACAAGAAUUCAGGUGUCCCAACUUCAAAGCUUGAGGCAAGAAUUCAAUGACUGGCGUCACCGUUACCAUGGCUGCCUUUCCAAGAUGAAGAGCAGACGAGGAGUGCCCUAUGAUCCUAUUCAGCAAGAUGCUCGUGCCUUGAGAACGUGGGAAGAACUCACACCUUUGGAACAGCAGCAGAACGAGUUCUACUCUGCGGUGAUUGGGCCGUUGCAGCGAAGAGCAGAUGGAUCAACUCAGUACUAUGACUUGAUGCGAAACAUCGCAGUUUGGACUUUAGCACCAGGCACAAAGGUACUCGAUAUGACUGAGGUGGUGAACCGUGUGCAGAAUGUUGAGCAUGAAGUGACUUCGUUGCUGAAGACUGAACGUGGCGAUUUGGAAGCCAUUGGCGUCAGUGAGCACGAGCCAGAAUCCAGGCCCUUCAUUUUCAAGUCUCGCAAGCGGGCUGGCCAUCACCGUUUGCCAUGGAAGUCUGUAAGAAGAAUGACGGCAGUAUUGCAGGUGUGUUGGAUUUUUCUCGGCAUUCAGUCUCUUUUGAGCAGCUUGGGCGUUGGGGGACAGUUGAGAUUUGAGCGGCGCCUGACCAGUGUUGCUCGUAAAGAGUCCCUCAUUUUGACUGAUCUUCCCAUCCUGUGGCCUCACAGCUUUUUCCGUCCAACGGCUCUCUCUUGUGGAAUGGAAUCCGGGAACUCCAAAAUCAUCAUGGAAACUCCUUAUGCACAGUACCAGCUGCGUUUUGAUGCCAGUGCCGCAAAGCUCAGUCCUGUCUCGUCCAGUUCUUUUGCAGCAGGGGACAAUCUCUUGGGAUGCAGCCCCUUAGGUUGUACCAAAGCACAACUUGAAGAUGGCGGGAGAGUGCUCUCAGUCAGACAAGGGACUCUGAUGGCACAUGGCGAAGAGGUAAACAAGAGAUACCAAGAUCCACACACUUUGCACUUGGAGAUUCAAGGCCAGCCGUGGCUGAAAAUGGCAGGCCUUCAACUUCCUUGUGCCACUGUCCAGCUGCUACUUGGCUUCCAGAGCAACAGGACUUGCUAUGUGUUUGCAGGAUGGGAUGGGGAGCACCUGCCGCUUGUGGCCUUGGAAAUUCCGGCAAACUCUGAGUUGGUCGCCGUGAUCACUCCAAGAGUAGAUGCUCCACUUGAAGGUCUCACCGACCUCACUGCUUUGCACAUGGCACAGAAUGCAAAUGGUGUUCGGCUCUGGGCUUUACUUCCUGGCCAGGUCGAAGCUUGGGAUUUGAGUUCCCUUGUAGCUCUUGGCACCUGGAAGUUGGAUGGAGCUUCAUGCCUGGAAGCAACAAGCCUCUGCGAAGCUUCGGCCCUUCAACUUGACGAUCAACUUGACAGCCUUCUCCUGGCAGGCUUCGUUGAACAACGACCUCACUUAUUUCGCGCGCAGCUUCCAAAAUUUGAAGGUCUCGGUGUCCUGGGGAUGUAACACUUUGUGUGACAGCAAGGCCUAAAAUGGUCGAUGAAGCUUUGACCUUGGCCUGGUGAAAAACA